AAGCAGUAGGUAAUGAGUCUUUGUGCAGAGUGAAGCUCUUGUCGCUGAACAAUAAAGCAUAUGGUACCAGCAAUAAAACACAGUGCUGGGAAAUUUAAGAAGAUCCUGAUGGAAGUAGAAAGACAGUGAAUAUGUCACACGUUAUAAAAUGAUGAUCAAUCUAUUUUGGUUCCUAAUUAAUAAAAAGAGUGCAUGGAUUGGAAAAACAACAAUUUGAACAGGUACAUGUGACAGCAUUGCAGCUAUGAGUGGAAUUUUAAAGAGAAAAUUUGAAGAAGUUGAUGGCUCCUCGCCCUGCUCCUCUGUCCGGGAAUCUGAUGACGACAUUUCUAGCAGUGAAAGUGCUGACAGUGGUGAUAGCGUCAAUCCAUCCACUUCUAAUCAUUUUACCCCUUCAUCAAUCCUGAAGAGGGGAGAAGCGGAAAAGGACAAAGAAUGUCAUUUUAACUGUGUUACCGUGUACUACUUCACAAGAAGGCAAGGCUUCACCAGUGUUCCGAGUCAAGGAGGAAGCACAUUGGGUAUGUCCACUCGUCACAACAGCGUGCGUCAGUACUCCCUUGGAGAAUUUGCAAUGGAACAGGAGAGGCUCCAUCGAGAGAUGUUAAGAGACCAUCUAAGGGAGGAGAAACUUAACUCUUUAAAACUGAAGAUGACAAAGAAUGGUACAGUGGAAUCUGAAGAGGCUAAUACUUUAACGUUGGAUGACAUUUCUGAUGAUGAUAUUGAUUUAGACAACACAGAAGUAGAUGAAUACUUCUUUCUACAACCCCUACCAACAAAAAAACGUAGGGCACUGCUGCGAGCCUCUGGAGUGAAAAAGAUUGAUGUGGAAGAAAAACAUGAGCUGAGGGCCAUCCGCCUAUCCAGAGAGGAUUGUGGCUGUGACUGCCGAGUGUUCUGUGAUCCAGAAACUUGUACUUGCAGCCUUGCAGGCAUAAAAUGCCAGGUGGAUCGUAUGUCUUUUCCAUGUGGUUGCACUAAAGAAGGGUGCAGCAAUACAGCAGGUAGAAUAGAAUUUAACCCCAUUCGUGUACGGACUCACUUUUUGCAUACAAUAAUGAAGCUUGAAUUGGAGAAAAAUAGAGAGCAGCAAGUUCCUGCACUAAAUGGUUGCCACAGUGAGGUAAGUGCUCACACUAGUUCUCUGAGUACAGUACCCCACCCAGUAGAAUAUUCACUUGCAGAGAAUUUUGAAAUUGAAACUGACCCCCAGGCUGCAGUGAUGCACCUGCAGUCUACUGAAGAUUUGGAUUGUCCUGGGGAAGAUGAGGAGGAGGAAGAAGAUGGAAGUAGCUUUUGUAGUGGAGUUACAGAUUCUAGUACACAAAGUUUAGCACCCAGUGAAUCUGAUGAUGAUGAUGAAGAGGAGGAGGAGGAGGAAGAAAAAGCAGAUGAUUUUGUAGAAAGCAUGGAGUCCCAUGCCGAUGUGGUGCCUCUUCCUUCUGUCCUUUGCUAUUCUGAUGGCGCUGCAGUACGUGAAAGCCACUCUAAAAAUGCCUCAUACUAUACUGACUCUUCAACUCUGUAUUACCAAAUAGAGAACCAUGCCCCUGGCAGUAAUAACCACAUCACUGAGACCUAUUCAGAAAGGGACACUGUUAAAAAUGGUAGUCUUUCUCUGGUGCCUUACAAUAUGACUUCAGAGCAGCUUGUUGACUACACACGGCAAUCAGAGGAAAGUUACACCAGCUCUCAUUACCCUUCUGCAAACCCCUCUGUGAUAGUUUGUUGCUCCUCUUCAGAAAGUGAUAACAGUGUUCCAUGUAAUAGUUUAUACACUGAACAUAGGCCAAGCCACCCUCAAGUGGAAUUUCACUCAUACUUGAAAAGUACCUCUCAAGAUGGAUUUGUUUCAGCUUUGAACGGUGACAGUCACAUACCAGAGCAAGCUGCUGAGAAUUCUGUAAGCCUUUCAGAAAAGAGCAGACUGCAUGAAGAGUGUAUCAAAUCACCUGUAGUGGAAACAGUACCUGUUUAAUUUAUUAAGAUAUUCUAGGACUGAAUCCCUUUAUUUAAAUGCCGUCCAAUUGGAUUUCCUAGAAUCAUAAUUUUUUAAGAUGUGGAUUAAGAAAACUUGGAUUAUGAUUAAUAUUCCAGAACAUUUUGUUUUUUUCUUCAAGCUACAUGGCUGUGGUAUUGCACAAAAACAGUUCAUGUAAAGAUUAAAAACAGAAAUCAAACUGUCUUUUGAUAGAAAAUGUAUAAAUUAAAAAAUAUAUACAUAUUUCAAAGUAGCCUACCUGUCAAACUAUGUGGAACCUGCCAAGCUAUCUGAAUCAAAGCUUCAUGUUUUUAAUUGUUGGGCCUGUGCAAGAUUGUUAAAACCGAUGCUUUGAAAUAAUCAUGUUUAGAGUCCUACAUUUUCAACAUAUCUGAAAAAGAUAGUGACUUUUUAUGUAAAAGUAAUUAAUGUAUGAAAAAGGUUUAGGUGUUCUGUACUGUAUUUUAUUUAUAGUAGUUUAGUACUCAUGUUUGAUAAAAAUGAACAGAAUGUUCAUUUGAGUUGAAGAUCCAUAGCUAGUUCUGCAGAGCAUGCCCAUGUAAAAUCAUCUGGCAUACCAUACACAUUUUUUAUAACUACUCUUAGCAACUGAUCUUAAAAUACAUUCUUUAAAAUUCAUUACAUCUGUUUUUACUCCUUUUGACAGACAAAUCUGUGAGUAAGGGGGCAUUUAUAUUUUGUAAACAGGUGAAAGGUAGGACAAUCUUCCAUUAAUGUCUGAAUCAAUGACUCCCCCUAGAGAAAAUUGGUGUUGUGUAUAAGGACAAAGCAGUAGUUUAUAAACUUGCACAGCACCUUUUAGCCCCACAAAUAUUCAGCUUACUAAUGCACUUUAGUGCCAUUUUGCAGUACCUUACUAAUUGUGGGUACUGUGAACAAUUUUGGAGAUAUGCCAUAGCUCCAGAUUGUGAGAUCUAUAUAAUAGACAAGCAUUUUACAAUUUAUUGUAAUAAAACUGAUACAAGUUUUCCCUAGCCAAUAUAUGGAUGCUUAAAUAAGUAAUUAGUAAGAGCAAAGAGUCAUUCUGUUAGGUUAAAGGAAGCGUGGAGAACAGUUUGUUUUUCUAGAUUCUUCUACCUAUUUAGCAAUCUUUACAAAUUAAGAGCCUGAUCCAAAGCCCAUUGAAGCCAUUCAGUGGGCUUUUGAUCAAACCCUAAAUCUACAAAAUCACUUAAUUACUCUGAUAAUGAUAGUAUUAGGUACCAGAAUCUAUUUAUUCAACUAGGACACUAAUGUCAGAAGUUUUACAGUUGUGAAAAUUUGUAGGCAAAUUCUAAUGCAUUACAUGCAUCAAUUGUUACUACCUGGUUUUCAUUUUACUUUUUAAAAGGGACAAUGAGAAUUACAACACAUGCUGCAUCCCAACCUUUAAAUUAUCUGGACUUGUUUUUUCUAGAGAAGAACAACUUCUAGGAGUUCAUUUUCUACAUGUUUAUUAGAUAUACCUAGCUAUGCAUUGCCUUAUUUUAAAGUGCAAUAGGACACUUCUUAAACUGUUUUGAUAUUUUGGUCCUUUUACUGAAGUUGAAGUAUCAUUAUAUAUCUGUUAGGAAAUGAUUGUCUUUUUUGUCAAAUUAUAGCAUCUGCUGCUUAAUUUUUAUCUCUGACAAAUUUUGUUGUUUUAGGGAUACAGAUGUAAGCAUAUUGUAGAUUUCAACUCUGUACCAAUUACUCUUCUGCUGAGUCACCUUUUAUAAAGUCAGCUACAGUAUUCCAGGUAGAAAAACUACCAUGCUAAAAAGAUGUUCUCUGAAAAAGAAGUUGUGACUUAAUGGCUCUUUUAUGACACUAUUGCACAACCAUUUUCAAGUCAAUUGUUGUACACUAAAUUGUCAAAAUAUUUUUAUAUUUUCCAUGUAAGAUGACGGAGCUGUUUCGUUUAUUUGUUCUCACAUUGAUUCAUGAAUGCCUUCAUUAGGAUUCCUUUGAGAUAGAAACCCUGGUUUAGUAAGAACUGCAUACUUCAUUUGCAGGACAUUCCUAUCUCCUGGGAAAGUGCAGACCACUUGGACUUGCUGUCUAAAGUAGCCAUUCUAGCCAUUCAUCUGUUCCUUGUUUGCAGUAGAAAUUUUUCUUUCCCGGAAGGGCGUGUAGUCAGUUAAGACAGGAGUUCUCAGCUUUUACACAGCAAAUGGUAUUCUUUCUUUUUAAAGAGAAACAAAUUAGAAACAUUUGAUAAAAAGAAGUAUGCAGGUUACUGAUAAUAUUAUCUUGAUAAUAGAGCUCUCUUAAUUUACAGAGCUCCUGUAACAAAUCACUGGGGACAUUGUGUGCGCAUCACAGAAACCUGGCACAUGCCACACUAGCACUUAAAGCACAAACUUCUAACUAACACAGUAGCUAUGAGUCAGUAGCAGGUUCUUAACUUCAGUGUAGACUGGCCACUAGAAGGAGACAUAAUUUUGCACAUUUAACCAAUGUAUUACGUUCAGGUGAAAAUAAGAUUUGUACUUCAUUAUUCGCCCUGUUAUGGAGCAAUAAAAAAUUAUAUUCUUAGUCUCUAACUUUCCACAUGAAGAAAAUCUUCACUGACGUUAGAAAGAAAAACACUCAGAAAAGUAAGUAAUUAUGUAAAGCACAUUUCAACUAGCUUUAAAAUAAUGAGAUUGCUGCUGUUCUUCUUUACCAUUUAUAUUGCAGUAGAAUUCAGAGAAUUGAUCAAGAUGGGGCUCCUUGUGCUAGGUGCUGUAUAAUCAUCUCUAGGUUCUGAGGCCUGCUAUUAUAGUAUUUGAACUAAACUUGGGCCCUGAGCUUACAAUAUAAGAAGAGCUUACAAUAUAAGAAGACACACAACAUACAAAGGGAUGGGGACAUGGAGGUGAUUAAAUAAUAUUUUGCUAUGAUAUUUCCCACAAGUAAAGUUGGGAACAGUUAUGAGGAGUCAGAGGAUAUAGUAUCUGGAGUCUGAAUUUGGAGGAAAAGAGGCACUGGCUUAAGACAGUGCUUUUCAACCUGUGGUCCAUGGACUCCUGUGGGGUCACAAACUGUUUCUAAGAUUUCCAAAGGAGUCUGCACAUCUAUUUGAAGUUUUUUAGGAGUCCGCAAAUGAAAAAAGGUUGAAAACCACUGACUUAAGGAAAAGCUCUGUUUAAUGAUUUGGUUAAACCUUGAGAUUUGUGAGUACUUUUCAGUCUCCUUUCCUUGGCCAACCUAGAGUGCCCUACUGCUCAGUUAAUGAAGUAAUAUAUUUCCUGUGUUGGUUGCUAAUAGUUUCAUUUUUGUGAACCUUAUGUCUAUGUGCUAAAAGGGGUAUGUUGUUAAAUUAGAAAUAGCCAUGUGUGUCGUCUAUACAGAUUUGGCACAUCAUUUGUAGCCGCAUUUAUUUUAAUGAUUGGUCUCCAUUCCUUGUUUGCGUUUAAAAAGCUUUACAUCCAUAAGAUACUUGAUGCCUGGUAAUAGUCAUUCACAAGAAACAGGAUAGUUUUGAAAGUUAUUCUGUAAACUAACAAGGUGGGUGAGCUAUUGGUAUUUAUUGGACCAACUUCUGUUGGUGAAACAGACAAGCUUU